AUGGAGGGCAGCCCUCGCUUCCGGCAACAGUUUGCUCGCGAUUUGCGGCGCCACCACCGGGGCUAUCGCGAUAUCGUCGUCCCCAAAGGCCCCGUCGAGGAGGCUGUGGAAGAGGAUCCUAGCGAUGCCGAUGCAUCAGCGAUCCCGAAUUUGCAGGUUACCGAUACCGAAUUGAACGCUCUGCAGUCCCGAUUUCUUGAUGUUCGCAGGACCCCCAUCGACGAAUUCAACCGUUCCCAGCCGCUGCUAACGCUUGCAUUCCCUACCCUCUACCCUGACGGCAAGGCCGACUUCGUGGAGCCUCGUUUACGGAGCAUCACGUUCCAGGACUACCUUGCCCAUGCGAUGAGAUGGCAUGACGGACGUUUCGCCCGCCAUAAGACGUGGCCUUUCGUCGCCCUCAACACGCUGUUACAGGAAGCAAUGGCUGAGCCUGACGAGCCGGAGGCUCAGGUCCUGAUCCAGUCGAUCACGCGCCAAGCCGCAAGCCACAGCGAAUACAGGCUCCUGGGGAAGGAACCCCUGAUCGUCAACCGCGUGCAACGCCACCGCUGCAACAACUACUGCAUGCAGCUCAAUAAGCAUACCAAGCAGGUGGAGUGCCGCUUUGGAUUUCCUCACGGCCAGCGCCUACUAGCCUCCCUUGACAAGGUUCCUCACUCUAAACACUGGAGCUUUAGGGGCGAGCGGAACGAUGGCCAGAUUAACCACUACAACCGCUUGCUUACCGUUGCGUGGCUAGCCAAUACAGAUGUUUCGCCUUGCACGAGUCUACAGCAGGUAAUCGAUUACGCGGCCAAAUACUGCUCCAAGUCGGAAAAGAAGACUGGUUGCGGGCGGGAUUACUCGAAGCAGGAGGUCAGCCACUUGCUCCUCGGCCUGCCGUUACAGGAAGGGCAUUCCCGCUCCCUCCGUAUUGACGGCGAUGAGGUGGACGAGGCCCCCAACGUUUACGAAAAGUACACUCAACGCCCGGAAGCCCUAGCGGACCUAAGCUACGUCUCCUUCCUGAAAUGCUGGAAUUUCCGCCCUAGGGACCCUUCAAGUGGAAGCAAUGGCAGCCAGGCAACAUUAACGGCAGGCCUCGAGUGCUGGUUUACUUUCCUCGCUAUCAGGCUGAUCCAGAAGGUCAACAGUGGUCAGAUUACUGUCGUGUAA